AUGGCUCAGAAACAGGACGAUGAUCACCGUCAACGAUGUUCUGGCAUGUACAGCAGAAAGUCCUGGGGAGGUUCAGUCGACCCCUUCAUUCUUGUUAAAUUCCUCGGCGAUCGGACAGACGACAACAGCAAUCCUAUGGCAAGCUUGGUCAUAUUCGAAUGGCAGGACGAGGACCUGAUCGGCCGUUUCCCUCCAAGCGCUGAGCAGUUUGCCGAGAAAGACUAUAUUUGUGAUCAGCCUGCGGUAGACCAAGAGUUGUGCAAGGAAGAGGAUAUCGGCGCUUUCAUCUUGGAACCAAAUGCAACAGCAGUCUCGAGAAACCCCAUCUACAACGAAGCCAUUCAUCUCAAGGACCCCAAAGCAGUCAACUAUCCCGUCAAGAAGACUGGUUACUACUGCGUAACCACAUACCCCUACUCGGAUCAUGAAUACACUGCUGUCGUCGAGUUUCGCAACGCCUAUGGAGAAUUACCUGCCGCUCAGAUUGCCAAACUGCCUUUCUACGGCGGUCUGGCUAUUGCAUACGCUGUUAUGGGCAUCUUCUGGGCCUUCCUCUAUGUGCAAAACAGGCACGACAUCCUGGCUGUCCAGAACUACAUCACGGCCACCCUGAUCUUCUUGAUCGUCGAGCAGCUGAUGACUUGGGGCUAUUACGACUACCAAAACUCGCAUGGCAACAAUGGCUUGAACAAAGCCUUCAUGGUGCUUGUUUCCAUCCUGAAUGCCGGACGCAACUCCCUCUCCUUCUUUCUCCUUCUAAUUGUUUGUAUGGGCUACGGCGUAGUCAAGCCGACCCUUGGCAAACUGAUGAUCUAUAUCCGCAUUCUCGCCAUCACCCACUUUGUCUUCGGCGUCAUAUAUGCCGUGGCCUCCCUCUCAGUCACUCCUGACAGUGCCGGGCCUCUGGUCCUUCUUGUUAUCCUUCCAUUGGCUGCCACCCUAACUGCUUUCUAUGUCUGGACUCUGUCGUCCCUCAAUAUGACCAUGAAAGACUUGGCCGAUCGCAAGCAAAAGACAAAGUUUUUGAUGUAUAAACGGCUAUGGUGGUGCCUCUUAGGCAGCAUUAUGGUCAUCUUUGGCUUCUUCUUCAUCAACAGCGUCUCAUUUGCUGGCCGGUACGAGGCAGAUUUCGUCCCAAAUCAUUGGCAGACACGCUGGUUCAUCCUCGAUGGAUGGCUCAACCUCGUUUAUCUCUUCGACAUUGCCUUUAUUGCAUAUCUUUGGCGACCCACCGCAAACAACAGAAGAUUUGCCAUGUCAGAUGAGAUUGCCCAAGAUGACGAUGGCAACUUCGAGUUCCGUUCCAUCGGUGGUCUCUCAGAUGAUGAAGACGAAGACGUUGAAUCACGUGCACAGCGCAAGAUGCAUGACCGAGCUGUAUCGCCAGGUGGGCCAGCUGCAACCUCAAUCACGGAUCAAGCAUUUGCGCCUUCAGCUCGAGACCAUCAGUUACCCUCGUCGAAACCUCCAACCCGGCCGAGGGAGUCUUUAGAUGGUGAGACCAUUUUUGCAGUGGGCGAAGGCGAAGACUGGUCGGAUGCAGACGACUCUGACACUGGAGAGCACGGACGAUUGACCAAGAAAAUAUAG